AUGAAGAAACUUGGGUCUAAGAAACCUCAGAAACCCAUACCUCGGCCUGCAAACAAAUUCCAAGGAAUGGUCUUUGAUUUUGUAACCAGACAAGUUUUUGAUNCUCCUCUUCUCAUAGCAAAACCAAACAAAGUCCAGCUCAUUGCCAUGGACCUGCCCAUGGUCAGUGGGGACAGGAUCCACUGCCUCGACAUCUUAUUUGCCUUUACAAAGCGUGUUUUGGGUGAGAGUGGAGAGAUGGAUGCCCUUCGAAUCCAGAUGGAAGAUCGCUUCAUGGCAUCAAACCCCUCCAAAGUCUCCUAUGAGCCCAUCACAACCACUCUGAAACGCAAACAAGAGGAGGUGUCUGCGGCUAUCAUUCAGCGUAAUUUCAGGUGUUACCUUUUAAAGCAAAGGUUAAAGAAGGUAGUGAAUGAGUAUAACAAAGAGGCGAUCAAAGGGAGGAUUGACUUACCUAUAAAAGAUGACAUGAUUAUUGACAAAUUAAACGGGAACUCCACCCCAGAAAAAACAGAUGGGAGUUCCUCUACCACCUCUCCUCCUUCCUAUGAUAGCGUAACAAAGCCAGACAAAGAAAAAUUUGACAAAGACAAACCAGAAAAAGAAAGCAAAGGGAAAGAGGUCAGGGAAAAUCAAAAGUAAAAAAAAAAAAAAGAAACAAAGAAUUAUCUUUGUGAUCAAUUGUUUACAGCCUAAGAAGGUAAAGUUUAUGUGUCAACUGAACUCCCAGAGGAGGUCUAUGCCAAACUGACUGUUUUAACAAAUACUCAUGGUCAGUGCCUAUAACAAGACAGUGACCUCUCCGUCAUUACAACUCUGUGAGUCAGGGUAUCAACACUGACAGGAGGUUACUGUUUUCUUUACCAGCUGACACUGCUGAGGAGAAAUUCAAUGGCUACCCAGACCAUAGGGAUAGUUGUGCAAAGUGAUCCAUUGUAACCACACCAAACACUUUUAGUACAGUACUUGCAUCUACUCUAUUUUUAACUUCCAUAUCUGCCAUAUUUUUACAAAAUUUGUUCUAGUGGAUUUCCCUGGUCGCUAAUUCAUAGUUUAUUCAUAAUACUUCGUCACUAUUUUUGUAAAUGAGCUUUAGGUUGAGAAAAAAGAAUUUAAGAGCCCUGUGUUCCUACUCCAUAAGUUUCUCGAAUCAGACAAGAGCUUUGCCCAAGAGAUGAAAUUCUUGCUCAAAACCAGAAAAAAAUUCUAACACUAUCAGGUACUUCCAUUUUCUAGACGGCUUUAAUUUUGAAAGUGUUUUAGUCUACAUUUGUUUAUAUCUAAACAGUUAUGUGCCUGUAAAGUCUCCUCUAAUUUCUAAAGGAUUAUUUUUAUGCAAAGUAUUCUGUUUCAGCAAGUGCAAAUUUUAUUCUAAGUUCCAGAGCACUAUAUUUAAUUUUGGUUAAAUGCUUUCCCCAAAAAAGUAAUCUAAUAAAUCUGUUCUAGAAAAGUAUAUCUAAAGCAUCACUUUAGAAUAGUUGUUCCACUUUCUGCUGCAGUAUUGCUUUGCCAUCUUCUGCUCUCAGCAAAGCUGACAUUUUAUGUCAAUUAAACACACCCUCUGUUAUGUAAAUAGUUAUUUUAUCCUGUGGGCGCAUAUUUGCAGAUAUAUAUAUAUAUAUACACACACACACACAUAUAUAUAUAUCUCCUGACAAACAACUCCUAUUAAAUCAAAUAUGUACCACAGUAUAUGUGUCUUUUGCAAGCUUCCAACAGGGAUGUAUCCUGCACCAUUCAUUAAACAUAAAUAGUUUGAAGACUAUCACUAAUGCAUGUUAAUUGCCUAUGCUGCUCUAUUUUACACAAUCCAUUCUUCACGAGUCUUGGUUAGAAGUCACAUGCUGGUAGUAGAGUGAUUUCAACCUGCUCUAUGUCUAGUAAGUCAAGCAGAAUAACUUGCAGUUAUUUAAAAGCACUUUUCCUUUUCCAUUUUUAAUUCAAUUUGAGUGUCAUAUGGUGUCUCUCUAGAUUCAAGGAAACACACUGCAUACUGCCUACUGUCAAAACAUACACUUCGUAUUUUGCUAAAAAUAUGUCCAAAACUUGUUUAAAUAUAAAUAAUGUAAAAAUAUGAUCAAUUUUAUUUGCUGCAUUUUAUACAUAAGAUAAUUAUUUUCAAGUUGAUGACAUGGCAAUUUAUUUUACUUUAUGCUUUUGCUUUUAUUUUUAAUCACAACUCCAAACUUUUGAAUCCAUUAGACUUUUCAAUGGAUAAUUUCCUAAAAGUUAGACAAUGGGUUUUGUGGAUUUCUUUGUUAUAAUAUAUUUUCUAUCAUUCCAGUAGGAUAUACAUUGGUCAAAUAUUCAAACCUAGGUCAUUUUCUACCAACUAUGGUUGCCUCAAUAUAACCCUUUAUUCAUGGAAGGUUUUUUUUUUAACUCAACUUUUGUAGUAUUUGCUUAUGCAGACUAGUCUUAUUUUUUUAAUUCCUGCUGCACUAAAGCUAUCAGAGAUAUAACUUGGGCUAUGUCCCUUUUAGCCAUGAACAUAGUGGCAAAGUUGUGCAAUUACUUAACAUGAUAUAAAUUUUUGUUUUUGCACAAACCAAAAGAGUAAUGUUAAUUCCUUUUACACAACUAUUUACUUGUAGUGUAUUGAUGAACUGCAUGCAGGGAAUUGCUAUUAUUAAAAAGAAUGGUGAGCUAUGUCAUUAUUGAGCCAAAUGAAUAAAUAUUUCAUUUUUUAUUGUA